AUGGAUCAGAACGAGAAGGCUUUCCAGAAGCAGGACGCUGUCUUCAUUGGCUCCAAGCGCCUGACCGGAAAGAAGUCCAAGAAGGCGGCGCGCUACUGGCGCAACGUGGGCCUUGGAUUCGCGACGCCGAAAGAAGCCAAGGAGGGGAACUUCGUCGACAAGAAGUGCCCCUUCACCGGGAACGUCAGCAUCCGCGGCGCCGUGCUGAAGGGCAUGGUCAUCUCCACGAAGAUGAAGCGCACCAUCGUCAUCCGACGUAACUACCUGCACUACAUCAAGAAGUUCAACCGCUUCGAGAAGCGCCACAGCAACCUGGCCGUGCACUGCUCCCCAGCCUUCGAGCCCAAGGAGGGAGACAUCGUCACGGCCGGCCAGUGCCGACCCCUGGCCAAGACUGUGCGCUUCAACGUCUUGAAGGUGGACAAGAACCAGAUCUUUGGCUCCGCGCGCAAGCAGUUUGCCUUGUUCUGA